CUGCUGAAGGCGGGCGAAUGCGACAUGGACGAGCGGACGGAGGACGGAAGGACAGGGCUGCAUGUAGCGGGGAUGCUGGGGAGGGCGGGGAGCGUGAGGGAGCUGAUCGAGGCAGGAGCGGAGGUAGGAGCGAAGGACAAGGCAGGGAGGACGAUGGUGCACUGGGCGGGGGAGUAUGGGCAUGUGGAGGUGCUGAAGACGGUAGAAGAACAAUGCGGGAAAGAGCAGCUGAAACACAUAAUGGAGCAACCCGACAUCUCUGGAAUAACAUGCGCGCACUUGGCGAGUUAUAGAGGGCACUUGGAGGUAGUGCGGUAUGCUGUAGAGACAUGCGGGGAGGAGGUGCUGAGGCAGAAGGACGAUCUUGGCCAGACAUGCGCGCAUUAUGCGGGUAAUGGAGGGCAGCUGGAGGGACUUCGAUACUUGGCAGAGACAUGCGGGGAGGAGCUGCUGAGGGAGAAGGACGAUGACGGCAGGACAUGUGUCAAUGCGGCGAGUAGAGGAGGGUUCUUGGAGAUUGUACAGUACCUUGCAGAUACAUGCGGGGAGGAGCUUCUUAGAGAGAAGUCCAAUAACGGCAAGACGUGCGCGCACUAUGCGAGUAGGGGAGGGCAUUUGGAGGUACUUCGGUACUUGGCGGAGAGAUGCGGGGAGGGGCUACUGAGGGAGAAGGACAAUGACGGCAACACCUGUGCACAUGAGGCGAGUAACAGAGGGUACUUGGAGGUGCUCAGGUAC